AUGGCCGACUUUGCCAACUUCGGAGGCACCGACGAGGAAAACGCCGAGAUCAAGCGGCUCAAUGCCGACGUGGAAACGGAUACCGACAACUUUGAGAAUUGGGAGAAGUUGAUUCGCGCUUGUGAGGGCCUUGAGGGCGGGCUCAACCGGAACUCGAGUCCCCAGGCCUUGGCGACCCUCCGCGACUCCUACGACCGAUUUCUCCUCAAAUUUCCGCUUCUCUUCGGCUACUGGAAGAAAUAUGCCGACCUCGAAUUCAACAUCUCGGGACCCGAGUCCGCCGAAAUGCAAACCUGCGAGGCCGGCCCGCGCCGCCGACCGAACCGCCAGAACCAUCAGAGCGAACGCUCUUCGAACGCGCCGCAUCGCAUAUCGGGCCUGGACUUCCUCUCCCAUCCAUUCUGGGACAAGUACCUGGAAUACGAAACGCGGCAGGAGGCACAAGACAAGAUUUUUGCCAUUCUCAACCGCGUCAUUCACAUCCCGAUGCAUCAGUAUGCUCGGUAUUUUGAGCGUUUCCGGCAGCUGGCCCACACUCGCCCUCUGGAGGAACUCGUCUCGGCGGACAUGCUAGCUCGGUAUCGCGCCGAGGUCGACAGCGAAGCCGCACAAUUUGGUGUGCAAAAGCCAGAGCUCGAGAUCGAGCGCGACAUUCGCGCCAAGAUUGACGCCUCUUUCUACCAGGUCUUCCAGCGAACGCAGGAGGAGACGAGCAAGAGGUGGACGUACGAAGCCGAGAUCAAGCGCCCGUAUUUCCAUGUUACGGAGCUUGAGCAUCACCAGCUGAUUAACUGGCGGAAGUACCUUGAUUUUGAGGAGGCCGAGGGUGGCUACCAGCGGAUUGUGUGCUUGUAUGAGCGAUGCCUGGUCACCUGCUCCCUCUACGACGAGUUCUGGCUUCGGUACGCCAGGUGGAUGUCGGCACAGGACAACAAGGACGAGGAGGUCCGCAACAUCUACCUGCGUGCGGCCACGCUUUUUGUUCCCAUUAGCAGGCCAGGCGUUCGGCUCCAGUUCGCCUAUUUUGAAGAGAUGUGCGGACGAGUCGAGAUUGCCCGGGAUAUCCAUGCCGCUAUUCUCACGCAGUUGCCGGAUUGUGUCGAGGCCAUCAUCUCGUGGGCCAACCUGCAGCGGCGGCAGAGCGGUUUGGACGCGGCGAUCGAGGUGUAUAAGGCGCAGAUCGAUUCCCCCGUCGUGGACAUCUUCACAAAGGCUGCGUUGGUUACGGAAUGGGCGUUUUUGUUGUGGAAGGUCAAGGGCUCGGUUGACGAAGCGCGCGCUUCCUUCGCCAAAAACGUGGAUUGGUACGCCGACAGCCGCCACUUUUGGCAGAAGUGGCUCGAAUUCGAGCUGGAACAGCCGACAAAUGCGGACAUGGAGACGCAACACGCCGAGCGGGUCAAGAACGUCUUUGCCGAGAUGAGUACCAAGAGCCGUCUUUCGCCGGGCAUCAAGCAGGAAUUGGGCCAGGUGUAUCUGAGCUACUUGCAACAGCGCGGGGGCAAGCAGGCCAUGAAGGAGUUCCUCAUCAUCGACCGGGAGCUAUUUGGGCCCCAGUCAGUCUCUAUCAUCACCAAAGCGAAGCAAUCUAAAGAAAGUGUUGGCCUUCCUGCUCUUGACGACGCAACCCGCCCCAAGGCGGAGCGACGCUUUUACAACUACUACGAGUUGCAUACGGACCCGGACCCGAACGCUCAGGGGCCCGCUAAUUUCGAUUAA